UUACAGUUUGGUAGACUGAAACGUAUUUUGAACAAAAUAAGUUUAAAGUGAACAGCUGAACUUAAUAUAUUCGUAGUAUUUCGUAUUUAGAAAAAUGGCUCUUACGAAUAUUCUUUUACUGAGUCAGAUCGCGGGCUAUGUAAUAGCUUUGAUUCUGUCAUUAUGCAUUACAGUACCGAUGAGCCUACACCAAGAUGAAUUUAAGGGUCAUUGCUUGUUGUUUUCAACUGGAGUCUGGCAGGAGGGAGAUGGCCAAUUCAAAGUUGAUUGGGCUUCUCAAGCAUAUUGCAACUACACAAUAUUUGUUGGUGUGAUUCUCUUUGUUACGUCAGCGAUACAGAUUUAUCGAAUGUCAUUGUACUUAUACAAAGGCACAGAUAGUUCAUUUUUAUCAGCAUUUGUUGAUGUUGUUGGCAGUCUUUUCCUGUGUGCUAUGACAAUAGUUGCAGCUCUCAUGAUUACACUUGGUUUUCUUGUUUGGUGUGACGAGAUGACAAAGAGGUUUCCCUCCUGUGACCUAGCUGCAGGCAAUGCUAUUGAUCUUGCUGAUGGUAUUGACACGUCUGGAUUCCCUAUUGAAAUGGGGACCGCCCAGUUUGGAGCAUGGGCGUCGUGGGCUUGCUGGGUUGGCCUCACAGUGUUUGCAGUACUGAAGCUGUGUCGCUACCACCAGCUGGAGAACAUGAGAGUUAGCAUGUAUCGGGAACGACAGCGCCUCAUCAAUAGUACCAACAGUUCCGCCGGGCAAGAAAACAAGAUUGAAGGAGGAAGUGAGAGGGAAGGCACCUCACAGACACAGGAUAGCAAUGCUGAUACCCUUACCAGUCCUCCACUUGUGUAACAUUGUGAUAUCACUGACAUUUCGAAUGAAAUAAGAGAGACUGAAUUUUAUGCUCAUUGAUUAUAAUGUACGUUUCUACUCCGAUGUUGAAACUUUCUGUUUGCAUGCUGUCUGAACAGAAGUAGGAUCAGUUACAUGCAUAUCUUUGUUUCGUACUUUAAUACCUAAGUGAAAUUAGGGAGUUGCGCUGUUUUAGAGGUCUAUGCUCGAAGCUUCUAGUCUGUAAUUAAUUUGAUAUGACCGUGCUCUUUAAGAAUCCAUUCAUACUGGUAUUAUACGGUCAUGACAGUAUCUGUAACUGUAUUGUGUAGGCAUGAACGUGAAAUGAACUGAUUUGUUUAUGAUUUAGGGGGUUGAAAUUUAUUGUUUAAUGGAUCAGAUCCUGUAAAGCAUGUACACGUGUAGCAGAUGGCAGAAGAAAUGCUGAGUCAUUUCAUGUAUGGUAUUCAGUAAUCCAUUAUUAACAAACAAUUGAAGUCGUUCCUGAAAGUAAUGAAGUGAGAGAUAUGUACAUGAAAAUUGGUGGUGGAGGGGGGAGAGAGAUUUGAAAGGAACUGUGUUGAUAGUAUCUUUAUGUUAAAGUUGGACUACUUCAAAGAAUUAUGGCUGUAUGUAUAGGAAAUUCAGAUAGGCCAUGUGCAGUCCUGAAAUGUUUAUCUACAUGUAGUUGAAGCAAACAGUCUGGCAUAUAAAAGGAUGGAAAAACAGUGUUAUAUGGUAUUUCCUGUUUGCUUCAACUAUUUAUACAUAGUUUCAUAAAUACCCAGGCGCUGAGUUUGUACUUGUAUUACAGAAACUUUGGAUUCUACUACCAGAAACAUAAUUCUUUUGAAAACAAGGUCAGGCUAAUGUUUUUGUAAUAACCUUAGUUUGCAGUUGUAGUUGAUGGAUUAAAAUGUUAUCUGUGGAAAAUAUGUAAAACUAUUAAUAAUUACAGGUGUGUCCACUUUAGCAUGGUUAAGUUUUCCUGAAAAAUUCUGUUUCUCAUAUGAAUAUUAAGUAAUAAAGAUAUUUGGGUGUCUGAUGAAACUUUUUUAACUUUUCUUUGUAGGUACUUCAUCUUGUGGAGUGUGAUAUACUGAAAAGUACACAAUAGGAUUUGUUAAUGACAUUCAUGUGCAUGUAGUUUGUGUAUACAUAACAUAAAUUUUCUUGUUUAUUUACCAAAGAUUUUAAUGCUGGCAAAGUGUUACUUUGUUGCUUUUAUACACCAGUCUAGCUGAUAUGUAAGGGUUGUUUAGUUUGGUGAAUCUUUUAUUCUUUUGUUCUGUUAUUAGGUUAAAUUACGUUUUUUUUUUAUAUUAUUAAAGUAUAUUCCUUGUA